AUGGCAUUUAUGCACUCGUCCGCUUUCAACGUGCCUGGUGCGACUGAAUGGCCUCUAUUCUCCACUGUUGAAGAGGUACGCUUCAAAUUUGUCCCCAACACAGCUGUCAUGAUCGCCAUUGGAGGAUGGGGAGAUACGGAAGGGUUCUCAAAGGCAGCUACAACAGAUAGUAGCAGAAAGCUAUUUGCGCAAAACAUUAAGAAAAUGGUUGAUAAAACGGGUGCAGAUGGUGUGGAUAUUGACUGGGAAUACCCUGGUGGAAACGGUGACGAUUACAAGCGCAUUCCGAACUCGGAAAAGGCUUGGGAGAUUGACGCGUAUCCUAAAUUACUAGCAGAAAUUCGAAAUGCGCUUGGUCCGAAGAAACUCAUAUCAGCCGCGGUACCUGGCCUUCAAAGGGAUAUGAUUGCUUUCACGGAAGCAAACCUACACCAGCUUGCUGAGAAUCUAGAUUUUCUCAAUAUCAUGACUUAUGAUUUGAUGAAUCGCAGAGAUAAUAGUACACGACAUCAUACUGGUGUGCAAGUUUCGCGGGAGGGAUUGGAAUCCUAUCUAGAUCAUGGCAUAGCUCCAUUAAAGGCUAAUCUAGGCUUUGCAUUCUUUGUCAAAUGGUUCAAGACCGAUCCAAAAGAUAACAGCAGAUGUUUGAGUCAGAAAGGGGUUGGCUGCAAAACAAUGUUGCUAGAAGAUCCAGUAACUGGAGCAGAUCUUGGUCGAUCAGGAAGUUUUUCAUGGCAUGACCCAGUCCCGCCAGAAUUGGCAGCCUCUUUCAGUAAGGCAAUGAAGCUAGGAAGCUAUGACAGCUACGGAGGAGGACAUUUCUUCUGGGAUCAAGAAGAAAAUUUAUUCUGGACAUGGGAUACUUCGAAUGCUAUUCACCGAAAAUUUCCCUUAUUAGUAGAUGAGUUGGGUUUAGGAGGCGUCUUUGCGUGGGGUUUGGGAGAGGAUGCGCCUGAUUUCAAGCACCUCCGAGCACUUACGGAGGCUAUUGACACCAGCUCAAAAGCUGUCCACUCUUCGGCUCCUCCUUAUAAACAGUCAAAAGCUCCUGUUCGGUGGAGGGAGGAACUAUGA